AUGGGCCAUUACACAGAAAACGAUUUUUACCUGAACAAGUCAGCAUCUCCCAUGGGGGAUGCAGAAAAUAAUGAAAAUGACAAAAAAUGUUUAUGGGUCCCUGAUGAGGAGGUAACAAAUUGCUACAGCUGCAAUGCCUUUUUUAAUGUAAGGAUAAAAAUUAGCGAAUACAGCUAUGCAGAAAAAGUUCGAGUAUGUGAUAGGUGUUUUAUGGAAAGGUCUUCUCCCCAAACGUUGCUGCUGCAAGAAGAUUUAGGAGCGAGGAAACAAAUAAAUCAAGAUUUGAAGAAAGCGCUAAGUGAAAAAAUGGCCAUAGUAGAGAGAUUUAAAACUUUCUUACUCGAAUUUGACAGCGAAAUUUUAAAUAACAGUGACCAUGCAGACGGCUCGAAUGAUGUCAUGUCCUUGUUGAAGAGGGGAGAAAAGGGAUUGAAAGACUUGAAUGACAAAAUAAGGAACUAUGACUCCAUUAUUGAAAAUCAGAAAAAGGAAUUAGAACAGCUAAAAAGGGAAAAGGAACAAAAAACAGAACUUAACAAAAUUUUGCACUUAAGAAAUUAUGAGAUUCAACAGAAAAAUAUGAACAUUAAAAAUCUUGUUAAGGAAAAAAACGAACUAACUUUAGUGAAGGAAGAAUCAGAAGGCAUUAUCCAUUCGUAUAAAAAACAGGUGGAAAAACUAAUUAUAAGGUGUAACCAACUUGAAUUAGAGAAAAAGAGGAAAAACUACACAGACCAGUCCAGCAAUUAUUCCUUUACCAAUAGCAGCUCUCAGUCCUACAUGAUGAAUUCCUAUAGGUUUCCUCAGAACGAGAUGAGCGUAUCGUACACAGUUGCGCAGGGGCCCUCGGAUGACCCGGAGGACGAAAACUGCUGCAACUACUGCCAGAGGAGGGUUUGCUCGAUUAUGUGA